AUGGGCGAGAUCGAGCAAGCAGCGGCAGAUGACAGUGAUGCAGCCAUUGAUCCAAGGCUCUGGGAUACUAUGGACUCCAUGAUGGCCAUGAAUGGGAGUGUGUCGGCUUCACAUGUACCUGUUUCAGCCCAUUCUCAACCUGUUUCAACAAUGCGAGGGCCCACCCCCAAUGUAGUGGCUGUGAAUCGAGCCUGUUCAGUAACUCCAGUAGCAAGCACUGUGUUUCAACCUACUGCACGUCACCUAGGAGCUGUACCUCCAAAACCAGUUCCACCUGCUGGGAGGGACUUGUCAGUGCCCUUCAAUCAGUUCCAAACACCUGACCUGCCUUCUGACUGUUGCCCAGGCUUCUCAACUGGCACUGCCCCUUUGCAACGCUCAGCUGUAACAUCGCUAUCCACCUCACGAGUUCCUAGCACUGCAUUUGUGGACAAACUAGCAAACCUCGAUAUGAUUGUUGCGCAGCUUGCUGAUAAAUUUGAUUGCUUGGCACUGCAGAGUAGAGACUCAGUUGAAUUCAAGUCACAAAUUGAAGAACUCACCCAGGAGAACCAUACACUACGAGUGACUGUUGAAGAUCACCACACUGUGAUACACAAGCUUCAAACAACCAUCGAUGCACAGAGCACAUCCCUGGAGGAACUACUUGUGUUGAUCAACGAACUUAGGUCUUCAGGAACUGUGCUGCCAACAGUCAAGUCUGUCAACAAAGCAACCAAAGUGAUGCAUGACAAUGUGUUUAAUAAUGUGAUCUGGCACACAUUCUUACAUGCAAUGGGUAUUUCUGAUUCCAAACAAGCAAUGUUGUUGGGUGUCCUUGAUGGUGGUUCAUUCUGGUUCAAGUGCCCAACACAUGACACCAACCUUCUACAACCAAACUUUGCUGGAUCAUGGUCAGAGAAUGCAGAAUGGUGUGAGGAUAUAGUCCGCUAUGUCCAACAAAAAGCCUGCAAAGUCUUUACUCAGCUUCCUGUCGAGCAUCUCAAGCAAAAAACUGAUACCAACAUCAUCAAGCAACUGAAGGAGGUCUUUGAGAACACCAGGGAAUCCAUCAAGAAAGGGAGCAAGGGGCAAGAUGCACAGGAGGUGAGGAACUGUAAGCAAUGGCAGACUGCUCAGAAGAAUUGUGUUAAUGAGAAGGUUGUCCUGCUAAAUGAUGCUGUUAAUCUUCCAAAGCUAGCAAACAAGAAACACAAGAUCCCACAGCAAUUUGUUGAUGCUAACUGGCUUGCUGAGAAUCCAAAAAUGGACGUACCCUCCCAAAUUGAUGAUGACAUUCCAGUGCAGUCUUGUGACCCUGAGAUUUGCAGAGAUGAAGAUACAUUGUAUGAAGGGGGAGAUGAAGAAGAUGUGGAAGAACAGGUCACCCACCUGAAGGAACAAACAGUCAGCUCUCGCCUCGUUGUCACAGCGGCAGACCAUGAACUCACCACAAUGAUACUAUAG